AUGAUCGAGCUGGGCAUGGCCGACGGCAGCCUGAUAGACGAGUUGAUGGAGCUGACGGCUCAGAGCCUCAGCCACCUGGAGAUCACGGAGCACUUCAACGUCAUCAAGGAGAUCGGCCGCGGCAAGUACGGCAAGGUGCUGCUGGUCACGCACCGCUGCAGGGGAACUCCCAUGGCCCUGAAAGUGAUGCCCAAGGCUUCGACUAAGCUGCAGGGAUUCCUGCGGGAGUAUUGUAUCUCCUUACACUUGUCCUGCCACCCCUGCAUUGUGGGCCUCUUCGGCAUCGCCUUCCAGUCCAAUGAGCACUACGGCUUUGCCCAGGAGCUGGUCAUUGGGAGGGACCUGUUCGCUGUUAUUCAGCCCAAGGUGGGCAUCCCAGAGUCCUCGGUGAAGCGCUGCGUACUUCAGAUCGCCAGUGCUUUAGAAUUCAUCCACAGCCACGGCCUGGUGCACCGCGACGUGAAGCCGGAGAACAUCCUCCUCUUGGACAGCCUCUGCUGCCAGGUCAAGCUAGCUGACUUCGGCCUGGCCCAGAAGAGAGGCACCCUGAUCAGUUACAUCACGGGGACCCUGCCUUACAUGGCCCCGGAGCUGUGUGCCGUGGUCCUGCCAGAGGGCCAGAAAGAAGUGACCACCCCUCCGCUCAGCGUGGAGCCCAGUCUGGACACCUGGGCCUUUGGGGUAGUGAUUUUCUGCAUUCUUACGGGCUACUUCCCCUGGGAGCGCUGCAUGGACACUGACGACUUCUACCAGGAGUUUGCUGACUGGUUCCGGAUGGAAGAGAAGCCAAAGGCAGAGGAGGAUGUGCCCCCUCUGUGGAAGAAGUUCACGCCGGAGGCCAUGGAGAUGUUUGGUAAGCUCCUGACUCUGGAUGCGGCCAAGAGGUGCACGGUGGGGGAGGUGAGAGUAUAUGUGGAGAAAGACUGGCUAAAGAAGGCGCAUGUGAAUGGACAGCAGCAGACAACAGUGACAGGCAAAGUCAGCACGAGCAUCACCUCCACCCCGACUGCGGUCAGGGUGAAUAAUGGAGAAGAGGUGAAGAAACAGCAUGAUACCUAA